AUGUCGAUGAAUGCAAAAUUCACGGAAGAAAGCUUGAAGACAUCCAGCAAUAUCGCAAAUGCAUUUACCAUUAUAUUCAAACUUUACGUACUACUAAAUAUUGGAAAUCGUGCUAAAGAAAGAAAUGUAGGUUAUUUGAUUGAAGAUGAAGGUAAAACUAAAGAAAGCGAGAGUGAAGAUGAAGAAAUCGAAGGUGACGACGAAGAAAUUGAAAGUUAUGAAGAGGAUUAUGACAAUAAUGAUGAUGGCAAUAAUAACAGCGACACCAACAAGCCUUGUGCACUACUCUGGAAGAAUUCAGAUUUCAUUAAAACUAUGGAAGCCAUUGUGGAGGCGGAGAAUCAAGGAUUCAUCCCCGAGCAAAAUUUGAUUGAAGCAAUCGCUUGUUGA